AUGGGACGCCCCGAGGAGGCUCAGGAGGCCCCGCGCCGAGGCCGGCUGCUGGCGCAGCUGGCGGCCACCCUUGCCGCGGCCUUCAUGGGCAACACCAACGCCAUAAUCAUCGGCUGGGGUGUGGUGGCUAACUGGCAGCUGCAGCAGCCGGGCUCGCUACAGCUAGACACGGCGCAGCGGGCGCUGCUGAUGGCGGUGGUGUACCUCGGCUGCGCCUUCGGAUGCUUGGCCGGCGGCAAAGUCAACGCCAGGUUCGGACCACGCGGCACUAUGCUCAUCUCCCUGCUGCCGAUAGUGCUGUCGAACGGCAUCAUCUCUCUCAGCUCCAGCUUCCAGAUGCUGAUGGCAGGCCGUUUCCUCAGCGGCUUCAGCUCCGGCCUGCCAUACGCCGUCUACACCCUCUACAUCAGCUGCACCUCCUCGCCGGCCUACCGCGGCAUGUUCGGCGUCCUGCCCGACAUCAUCAGCAUGCUGCUUAUCGCGGCCAUGAUCGCGCUGGGCACCUUCAUGAAGUGGACGUGGCUGGCGGUACUUUGCGGCCUCGUGCCCACCGUAGUGCCGGGCCUGGUGCUGGCGCUGCUGCCGCACGACCCCGCAUGGCUGGUGGGUCAGGGCCGGCUGGCCGAGGCCAAGCGAGCCGCUGUCGUCUUCGACGUCGACAUAGACUUGGCCGACUCCAGCGGACUGGACGGCGGCGACGGCGGCGGCGGCGACGGCGGCGGCGGAGUGAGGGAGACGCUGCGCCUGCUGACCAAGCGGAAGAACCUGGCGCCGCUUGUCAUCAUGAUGACCAUCAUCAUCGGAAACGCCUUCUCUGGCUACAUGGCCAUCCUCACCUACUCGCUGGAGUUCUUCCGGCGGGCGGGCUUCGAACUAGACGCCUCCGUCUGCUCCAUCCUCUUCGUCGCCAUCCGCGUGGUGGCCGUGCUGGUCACCUCGCAGGUGGUGGACCGCGCCGGCCGCCGGACGCUCCUGCUCGUCAGCUGCGGCGGCGUCAGCGUCUGCUACUUCCUGCUGGUGCUCUGCUACCAGGCGCCGGUGCUGGUGCCGGCUCUGGUGGUGCCCGCCUGGCUGCCACUGGCGGUGCUGCUCGCCGCCGGCUUCGUCUACUCGACCGGCUUCGCCUGUGUCCCCUGGUGCCUGGUGGGCGAGCUCUUCCCCAAGAGCAUGCGCCCUGUAGGCGGUUCUGUCAUCCCCGCCAGCUACAGCCUGUUCAGCAUGGUCGCCACGUACGUGUUCCCCGUGAUGCUGGAGGCGCUCGGCGCCAGCGGACUGUUUCUCUUUUACGCGGCCGUCACGGCCGCCAUCAUGGCGUUCGUCAUGGUCAUGCUCCCCGAGACCAAGGGCCUCUCGCUCGCCGCUAUCGAGACGCUGUUUGACAGGCCGGUGCCGCCGUCCCAUACGGCUCGCGUGCUGACGGUGGUGUGA